UCCUCCCACUGACACAAAUGAUGGGACACUAUUCUUCCCACUGAUACCAAUGAUGGUGCCACAUCAUUAGUGUCAGUGGGAGGAAUCGUGCCCCAUCAUUGGUGUCAGUGGGAGGAAUCGUGCCCCAUCAUUGGUGUCAGUGGGAGGAAUCGUGCCCCAUCAUUGGUUCAGUGGGAGGAAUAGUGUUCCAUCAUUGGUGUCAGUGGGAGGAAUAGUGCCCCAUCUUUGGUGUCAGUGGGAUGAAUAAUGCCCCAUCAUUGGUGUCAGUGGGAGGAACAGUGCCCCAUCAUUGGUGUCAGUGGGAGGAAAAGUGCCCCCUCAUUGGUGUCAGUGACACCAAUGAGGGGGCACUAUUCCUCCCACACUGACACUAAUGAUGGGGCACUAUUACUCCCACUGACACUAAUU